AUGGGCAAAAUCAAGUACGACGAUCUGUCCAUGUUCCGCAUUCCCGCGGACCUGGACGGGUCGCUGUCCUCCGUUUCCCAGCCGACGCCGCCGGUCAAGAAACUGGCCGACAAGUCCGCAAUCCAUUCAGAAGAGCGGAGUUUUCGAAAAAUCAACAAGGCCGGGGAGUACCAAAUGCAACAACCCAUGAUCUUCCCAACAAGUUUCAAGAAGUCGUUUCCUGCAAGGCAAAAGAGGCAGAAAAAGGAGGAUUUCUUGAGGCCCGUGGACGAAAACAUAGACACGGCAAACGCUGAAGCCCGUCCUCCAGACAAGGCAGAUGAAUCUUUACGGAAUAAAGUUGAGGAGAAUUUAUUUCGGAAACAGGCACAAGAACAGGCGAACGAAAUAACGCCGAUUUACACGGACGAAGAGGAGCUUAUCACCGAUUCCUCGGCCGAGAACCACGGGCUGAGGGGCAAAGACGUAGACGACGGGCUUCUGAUACGCGGGGAUUACAAUCAGGCGGCGGCCUUUUCAACAUCCGGGUUGAAUUCGAAAACGAUCGGGGAUUCGUCGAGCGAAAACUACUACACGGAUGAAGGAAUUGGAAUUCUUGGUCGUGCAGAGGACAAAAAUAAAGCAGUUGUACCAGAAAUCAACAGCUCCCUCAAUAGACCCGACGACGAGGCGCAGACUAAGCUGAACGACGAGAUCGAAGACCAACUGCCGGUUGACACCGCGGUAGAAUACGAAAAGGCCCACCCACGGUCCGGUUGCUACGUGCUGCACGCGCUCGUCGCGGCUUUCGCGAAUGGCAUGACGAGUAGGGUGGAGCGGCUGGCGGAGAUUAUUGUGAAGGUCCAGCCCGCCGGCGUAACGUUGAACCACUGCACGAACAACGGAAUGACGCCGCUCCUCGCGGCGCUCCGCUACGGGGCGGGGAUCGACGAGGUGAAAUUUCUGCUGGAGCAGAAAGCCAAUGUCAACCAGAAGCGGCAGCACGAUAACUGGACGCCCCUGCACCAAGCGGCCAAGUCGAAGCGGUGGAAGCUUUUUAAUUUGCUAAUCAACGAGUAUAACGCGGACGUGCGUGCAGUCGCGUCGGAGUUCGAGGUCUCGCCCUUUUUAGAGCUGAUGGAACACUGCGCGGAUGACAGCAACACGAGUAUGGAGCCCCAGCACGGCCCGGAAGUCGGUGUCAAGCACACGGCAACGCACGCCGCGAAACUGCUCCUAGGGGCGAAAGCUGAUGUGAAUGAAAGAAACGUAAAAAGGGAGACGGCGCUGAUGUUUGCGUGCAAGGCCGGGAAUCUGGAGAUGGUGAAACUGUUAGUGAGAAACAAGUGCUAUCUGUGCAACUACAAGUGCGUGCUAGAGUGCGAGCAGAAGUGGCACCGGCCGUUAACCGAUUUAAUGCACCAGGGCGCGGGGAAAUUUUGCUCCGAUCGCCCGGCGGGACAGGCGGUGCACGCGUAUUUACACCAUGUAGGGUGUAAGUGAUGUUUUACAAAAAUUCCACUUCUACCGCCGGAAUUGUACUAGAGUUUUCUCCUCCAUCUCCUCCUUUAUUGCUACCAAACUGUCACAGAUACAUGGUAAAGCCAUGUUCGUUUCACGCUGACGGCUCCGAACACAGGAUUUUUGCAAUAAAACUCUCUGCACGACCUCGUCACAGAGGCAUCGACGCGCAGCAUGGGAAACGAAAAUCGAAUAGAUCAAAGAACUGCA